AUGGCCGAAAGCCGUGUCUCUGAGAAGCACUCCUCGCCCGAGUAUACAGAACUCGACCAGAACGAGCAAACACACACCGAUUCCUCUCCCACUCCCACAAAAUCCCGACCAAGGAGAUUAUUCAAAUACUGGCCUCUCUUACUCGCUCAUACCGCCGGCUGCAUCGGCCUAGCCUUGGCGCUGGUCUUUGCUGUCAACCAUUACAAUGCCAUCGACACCUCGACGCCACGCUACAAUGGUGGAAAACUGCGUCUCAGAGUUUCCGACGUCACAACACUGGUUUCGGCCGGGCUAGUUGUCAUCAAGUUCUUCACUGCCGCGUGGGGGGCCAUUGCGGUAUGGAGAUGCGCGUACGAAUUGACGCAGAACCCCGGAGCAGCUCUCAGUCCGAAACAACUUUCCUUCAUGACACGAUAUAAACUGCCUCCCUGGACGAGGUAUCCCUUCAGUCGGCCAAAGGGAUUUCGCAGCUGGGCGAUUGCCUUGGUUCUGCUCUUUGCAGUUCCCCAACAGUUCAUAGCGCCCCUCCUCUCCGGCGCGGUGAACUGGAACCCGUCAUCCGUUCCCGCAGACGCAACGGUCCCAGUGAAUUCGACUGAUCCGUCUGCGACUUCCGAUUUCUGGUACCAAUAUCUAGUCAACUCGUACGCCCCCAAGAGAGCUACAAUACUUCGCCUCGCCGCGGGGCUGGCCAGCAUGGCAUGGUCUGAUAGCUCGACCGUCUCCCAGAAUGGAACCUCUUUGACGGGCAACGGAUGUCGCCACGUCGUCAACGACUACGGCCUAACAGUGAACUCGACAUUGGCUAAUUCCGUCGUUCCUUGCAUCAAAUUCCAUAGCAUUUCCUGGGCAAUGUCAGCUUCUGAGAUCCCGACUGCAGUGGCUGACCUGGUUACAUCGAACGCGGAGACUCUCAGCCUCUUGAACGACACCCUCUACCAGUACACAAAUCCUGGACAUGCUGUCCUCUUCAAUCCUGACAAGCUUUGGGACCCAUCCCAAUAUGGGCUCCCAGAGGCCACCCUCUUCUCCGGUCCUCAAAGUCUAGGUCUCCUCAUCGCAAACCAGUACACGGAUGAUUGCAAGGGCCUUGAUGUAAACAACUUCGGGGACGUGGACAAAAUCCCACAGUACAAGUACGGCUGGGCUCUAGGGACCUGCUUCAUCUUCGCCAAUGUAACACUCAGCGCCGGUGUGACUACCAGUAAAGUGAGCACCUACGUUACGUCGCGAGUGGUCGAAGAUCAGACCCCCAUUGACGAGGUUGUAUUGAAAGCAAAUCGCUGGGUCCAGCAGUCCCUCUGGCUCCUCCCGGAUCUGAUGACCAUGGUAUCCUCUAUGAACUCGACUCUGCUUCCGACUUGGGACAAUAUCGAUCAUUACGCCGAGAAUCUCAUCCGCCAAUGCUAUCUGGCCGCGUGGGAUAGUUUUCAUCGGUCGUUCGACACAGAUGGGACUGUAUCUCCCGCAACACCUCGAGAAUCUAGGGUCCAAGCCACCGUCUCUAAUUCGCGCGUGAUUUCAUGGCUAGCUAUUUCCCUACUUCACACUAUCGGCGGUAUUUUGUUGAUUUCAAUGCUCAGUAGGCCCGAGCCAGAGAUACCGAACGGCGAAGAUUCUGCGGGAAAAGAAGAUUCUGCAGGAAGAGUAGGGGGAACGGAGGCUGGAAAAGAUAUUAUGAACAACCUCGCAGCGUUAAACUUCUUGUAG